AUGAUGACUCGAGCUGCUGCUGCUCGAGUCGGAACUAGAACUGGAACUGGAGCUGCCGCUGCUACUACUGCAGCUGCUUCUGCGCCGAAGAGGACCUGGAAUCGAGACGCGAAGCGUCCCCGGGCGGUAUUCGACGACUCGCACGCCGGGCCCGGGUCCGUCGUCAACUUCGAGGAAGCACAUAUCGACUAUGCCAGCUGGAUAAUGAUGACUGCUCGUAGACGAGGAGCGCCCUUUACUUGA